UUUCUCACUCCUCCUCCUCAUCCCUUGUUCUUUUCAAGGCUUUACAGCAGCAGUAAGUUCUCACUCUUUCAGAAUCAUGCAUCUGUCCUGGAUUCUUCUGAUGACCACAGUGUGUGUGGUGUGUGGCGAGUUUCAGCCUCGUGCACUCUGGCAGUUCGGUAAAAUGAUCAUGUGCGUGCAGCCGGACGUGGAUCCGUUCAUUUACAACAACUACGGCUGUUACUGUGGGUUUUCUGGAUCUGGAUCUCCUAAAGACCAAAUUGAUCAGUGCUGUCUGCUACACGAUAAGUGCUACGAGAACGCUCGGAAACAUCCAGAAUGUCCCGGUGUAGCCAACCUGCCGUAUGUCAAAGUGUACAACUUCAGCUGUUCUGAUAAAACCAUCACCUGUUCAGCCUCCAAUGAUAAAUGCCAGGCCAAAGUGUGUGAGUGUGAUCAAGUCGCUGCAAACUGUUUCUCUCAGAAUAAUCACACUUACAACCCCAACUACAAAAACCUCCCGAGUGAAGAGUGCAAGAACUGAGAGACACCACACCCUGGGACACUAACACCUUCUCUGUCAACUAAACACCACACUAACACCUUCUCUGUCAACUAAACACCACACUAACACCUUCUCUGUCAACUAAACACCACACUAACACCUUCUCUGUCAACUAAACACCACACUAACACCCUCUCUGUCAACUAUACACCACACUAACACCUUCUCUGUCAACUAUACACCACACUAACACCUUCUCUGUCAACUAAACACCACACUAACACCUUCUGUCAACUAAACACCACACUAACACCUUCUCUGUCAACUAAACACCACACUAACACCUUCUCUGUCAACUAAACACCACAAUACCUUCUUACUUAACUAAACACAACGGACACAGAAAGAAUAAAGCAGCAACUUUAA